CUCCCUGGAUGAGGAGAUGUAAUCUCAUGUUUUGUCCACAGAAACCAACAGGAGAGAUCAGAGUCAGAGAUUCUCAGUGGUCAGUCUUCCCAGAGUCAUCAAACAGACCUGGCCUCCAUAUUCAGUAUGCUUGAAGUAAAAAUUAUGACAUUUGUGAAGAACGAGCUGAAGAUGUUCAAGAGGAUCCUUAGUCCAGAACUCCCAGAAGGCUUUGAGAGUCAGAAGCAGGAUAAGGAAGUGGUGGACCCUGAAGAUGAGCAGCAGGAGAGCAGUGCCAGAGAGGGGGCUCUGAAGAUCACACUGCACAUCCUGAGGAAAAUGAACCAGAAGGAGCUUGCUGACACACUGGAGAAAUAUGAGCUUGCUGUGAUUUGCCAACGUGAACUCAAAUCUAAUCUAAAGAAGAAGUUUCAAUGUGUAUUUGAGGGGAUCGCUAAACAAGGAAACCCAACACUUCUCAAUAAGAUCUACACAGAGCUCUACAUCACAGAGGGUGGAACAGGAGAGGUCAAUAAUGAACAUGAGCUGAAACAGAUUGAGACAACAACCAGGAAACAAGCAAGACCAGAGACUGCAAUCAAAUGUAACGACAUCUUCAAACCCUUAACUGGACAAGACAAACCUAUCAGAACUGUGCUGACAAAGGAGUCGCUGGCAUUGGAAAAACAGUCUCUGUGCAGAAGUUCAUUCUGGACUGGGCUGAAGGAAAAGCAAAUCAGGAUGUCCAAUUUGUAUUUUCAUUCCCUUUUCGGGAGCUGAAUUUGAUGAAAGAGGACAAACACACUUUCAUUGAACUUCUUAAUCACUUCUCAAUGGAAACCAAACAAUCAAGAAUCUCCAACUACAACAAGUACAAAGUUCUGUUCAUCUUUGAUGGUCUGGAUGAGUGCCGACUGCCCCUAGACUUCCAGAAGAACAAGAUCUGUUGGGACGUCACAGAGUCAACCUCAGUGGAUGUUCUGCUGACAAAUCUCAUCAAGGGAAAUCUGCUUCCCUCUGCUCUCCUCUGGAUAACUACCCGACCUGCAGCAGCCAAUAAGAUCCCUUCAGUGUGUGUUGACCAGGUGACAGAGGUACGAGGGUUCAAUGACCCACAGAAGGAGGAAUACUUCAGGAAGAGAUUCAGUGAUGAGGAUCUGGCCAGCAGAAUCAUCUCACACAUAAAGACAUCAAGGAGCCUCCACAUCAUGUGCCACAUUCCAGUCUUCUGUUGGAUUUCUGCAACAGUCCUUGAACACAUGCUGAAACAUAAGAGAGAAGAGAUGCCCAAGACUCUGACUGAGAUGUACACACACCUUGUGGAGUUUUAUACCAAACAGAAGAAUGAAAAGUAUCUUGGGAAAGAAGAGACAGGUCCACACUGGAAUAAAGAGAGCAUUCUGUCACUGGGAAAACUGGCUUUUCAACAGCUUGUGAAUGGCAAUCUGAUUUUCUAUGAAGAAGACCUGAAUGAAGCUGGCAUUGAUGUCAAUGAAGCCUCAGUGUACUCAGGAUUGUGCACACAGCUCUUUAAAGAGGAAUGUGGGCUGUACCAGGACAAGGUGUACUGCUUUGUUCAUCUGGGCAUUCAGGAGUUUCUGGCUUCUGUAUAUGUGUUCCUCUCAUUCAUCAACAACAAUGAGAAUCUAAUGGACAAACUGCAAACAACG